AAAAAACAGAAGAGGAAACUCAAAGCAUUUGCAAAAAUGGAGAAGAAAGCUAAUGAAGCUCUUAUCAGCACAUUCUGUGAAAUCACUUCUUCUUCUAAAUCCCAAGCACUUUUCUUCCUCGAAAGUCAUAAUUUCGACUUAGACUCUGCCGUUUCCACCUUCCUCGAAAACUCUUCACUUCCCUCCGCCGGCCCCGGCACCGCCGUCGUCGCCACCGAUCCAGUAUCUCCGUCCGACUCACAGUCCUACUGUCCUUCUCACUCUGAGUCUUCUUCUCCCUCCUCCCGCUCUCGCUCCCCAUCUCCUCCUCCUCCUUCUCUCAGCUCGAAACGAUUACGGAAACCUUCUUCUAAUGCUUAUAAUUUGAGGUCCUCUAGACCUAGAAAUGAUGCCGCUGCGGCUGAUGUUGCUGAUGCUGUUGGUGGUGGGAGGAGAAGUCUGAGACGUCGACCUAGCACAGGGUUAGAGAGUAACUCCGAUGAGCCGCAAGAAGCUAACACUGGUGGAGAGAAAAGCGGAAUGCUUGUUCAAGAUCCAUCAAAAGAGAAUGACGUGGAUGCACUAUUUAACCAAGCUAGACAAUGUGCUGCUGUAGAAGGACCUUUGGAACACCUUCCAUCUUCAGGCUCAAGAAGCUUUACUGGAGCUGCAAGACGACUUACAGAGGAGGCUGUGCCUUCAGUUCCUCAGCCACCUGAAAAUGCUACCCAUGCUAUCACUUUUUGGCGCAAUGGGUUCACUGUAGAUGAUGGUCCUCCACGGAGUUUUGAUGAUCCAGAAAAUGCCUCUUUCUUAGAGAGUAUUCGGAAGUCUGAAUGUCCGAAAGAACUUGAGCCAGCAGAUAGGAAGACACAUGUUCAUUUUAAUGUCACAAGGAGUGAAGAGGACUGCCCAGUACCAGAGAAGCGCCAUGUUUCAUUUCAGGGUGUGAGAAGAACUUCGGGUAAUACCAGCAAUGCUGCGGCAGUAGAGUCAACCGUUGUUGUCUCAUCAUUCACUGCAGAUCCAGCCCCAUCAGUAGGCCUAGUUGUUGAUCAGAUGCAGCCUUCAACUUCAAUUCAAGUUAGGUUAGCAGAUGGCACACGGAUGGUUUCACGGUUCAACUUCCAACACAGUAUCAGAGAUAUCCGAGGGUUUAUUGAUGCAUCAAGGCCCAGUGGAUCCAGGAGCUAUCAACUACAGACAGUGGGUUUUCCUCCCAAGGAACUUUCUGAUCUCGACCAGACAAUAGAACAAGCUGACCUAGCCAAUUCAGUUGUGAUCCAGAAACUUUAGUUACAUCUCUAAACUUAUAUAUACGAGUGUUGGGGGGUGCAUUAAUUUCCUUGAGGCAUCCUGUUUGAAUACCCUCUAGAAAUCGUUUGAGAUGCAUCUAUAAAUUCCUUUUAGUUUU